AGCCUCUGUCCCUUGCUGGGAGACGGGGUCACGUGUCGGGGGGCUCUGCCCUCCAACCCCGGACAGGGCUUGGCUCAGACCCUCUGCUGGACGGACCCGCAGGGCCAGGAGAACCAUGCAGGAUGAAGAUGGGUACAUCACCUUGAACCCCAAGCCCCGGAAGCCGGCCCCCCGCCCGGUUAAUGCUGAUUCCUCUUCCUGGUGGCGAGUGACGGCUCUCCUUCUGCUCGUCCUGUCCGUGGGCAUGCUGGUCGGACUGGUGGUGCUGGGAAUCGUGUCCAUCACCCAACAAAAUCGCCUGCACACAGAGAAUAAGCAGAUGUCAGAAAGUCUGCAGCGACUAGCCAAGAACUUCUGCCAAGCUUUGAUAAGACAAUUGGAGCAAAAGCAGAAGGGCAAUUAUGAGCAUGACUGCAGCCCCUGCGAGUCCCGGUGGCGGUACCACGGCGACAGCUGCUACGGCUUCUUCAGACACAACGUGACUUGGGAGGAGAGCAGACAGUACUGCGCCAACCUCAACGCCUCGCUGGCCAAGGCGGCCAGCCCCGGCGUCCUGGCACUGUGA